UUCCUGCUGUUGCUCCGUGUCCUCACACACCGUCCGUCUCGUCAGUGUUGAUCGGCUCGCCAUGGCGGAAGGACGCAGAGAACAACCGCUUCAUCCUCACCUCUCAUUACCACCGGCCAGCAAGCGACCCUGCCUUCGCCCUGCACCCCGGGGUCCCGGUCCGGGGCCCGGCCAUGGCAGCGGGUUGCCCAGCUCCCGGUAUCGUUCCCCGGAGUCCCUUUUGGACUGCGCCGCGAAGGCAGUAGCGGAAAAGUGGGCCUUCGAAAGAGUGGAGGAGCGCUUCGAGCGGAUCCCGGAGCCCGUCCAGCGCCGUAUCGUCUACUGGUCUUUUCCCCGCAAUGAAAAGGAGAUAUGCAUGUACUCGUCGUUUCAGUGCCGAGUCGCUGGCGAGGAAGGUCCGUCCGCUGCUGCCGGUGGGGCAGGGGGUACGGGGUCCGGAGCUACAGCCACUGGGGGUGGCGGAGGAUCUACUGCUGGUUCAACGGCUACCGUUGGGGCAACCGGAGCAGUGGGAACUGGCGACGGACUGCCUUUCCGCCGGGGGAUUAGGCUGCUAGAAACUGGCUGUGUGGAAAACGUUUUACAAGUCGGAUUUCACCUCAGUGGCACAGUAACAGAGCCAGCCACAUCUUCAGAGCCAGAGGUAACCCACAAGGUGGCCAUCAGCUUUGACCGCUGCAAGAUCACCUCUGUCACCUGUGGCUGCGGGAACCGAGACAUUUUCUACUGUGCGCACGUGGUGGCGCUCUCUCUUUAUCGAAUUCGCAAGCCCGAACAGGUGAAACUGCGGCUGCCUAUAUCAGAGACGUUGUUUCAGAUGAAUAGAGAUCAGCUGCAGAAGCUGGUCCAGUAUCUGAUCACAGCCCACCACACUGAGGUGCUUCCCACCGCUCAGAAACUUGCAGAUGAGAUCCUGUCCUCCAACUCUGAGAUCAACCAGGUUCAUGGUGCGCCAGACCCAACCGCAGGCGCCAGCAUUGACGACGACAACUGCUGGCAUCUAGAUGAGGAUCAAGUCAGGGAGCAGGUCAAACAGUUUUUGUCCCAGGGAGGAUACUACGGCUCUGGGAAGCAGCUCAACUCCAUGUUCGCUAAGGUACGGGAGAUGCUACGAAUGCGAGACUCCAACGGCGCCCGUAUGCUAACGCUCAUAACGGAACAAUUUAUGGCAGACCCCCGACUGUCGCUAUGGAGACAGCAAGGCACAGGCAUGACGGACAAGUGUCGGCAGCUCUGGGACGAGUUGGGUGCAUUGUGGGUGUGUGUGGUGCUAAAUCCCCACUGUAAGAGUGAGGAAAAGAGCAGCUGGCUGAAGCAGCUGAAGAAGUGGGGAGACAUGGAUGUCUGCCCGCUGGAGGACGGAAACUAUGGCAGCGAGCUUCCAAACAUCACCAAUGCUCUGCCUCAGAGUAACCUUGCGCAAGACUCCCUGUCUAGGCCAAGGAGGACGGUGUUCAGUCGGGCCAUUGAGGCCUGCGACCUUCACUGGCAGGACAGCCACCUGCAGAGGAUCAUCAGCAGCGACUACUACAUGUCUCCGUCCUACCAGAGAGAGGGGGAGAGCCUUCUGUUUAACCCACAGGGGCUGCCGCUUUGGCUAGACCAUGUCCCAACUGCGUGUGCUCGCGUCGAUGCUCUGCGUUCCCACGGUUACUCCAGGGAAGCGUUGCGAUUGGCCGUUGCCAUCAUUAACACUCUCCGCCUUCAGCAGCAGAGACAGAUGGACGUCUACAAACACCAAAAGAAAGAGCUUCUCCAGAGAGGCAUUACCUCCACCACCAACCUGGAAGGCUGGGUCGGUCAUCCUUUAGACCCGAUUGGCUGCCUGUUCAUCACGCUCACAGAAACGUGCCGUGUGGAUGACGACAACACCAUGGACACUGGAGAGGGCGACCCAAGACCUCCAGUGUACCACCAUGUGCCGGUGUGGGGCAGCUCCGAUGGGGGAGAGUCCUACCUGACUCUGGCCUUAGAGGUGGCUCUGAUGGGUAUGGGCCAGCAGAGAAUAAUGCCAGAAGGACUGUAUGCUCAGGAUAAGGUGUGUCGUAACGAAGAGCAGAUUGUUGCAAAGCUGCAAGAACUUGAGCUGGAUGAACUCUUGGUUCAAACGCUUCGGAAACAGGCCAUGCAGUUAUUAGAAGCUGGUCCAUUCAGCGGUCUGGGAGAGGUCAUUCACAGGGAAAGUGUGCCCAUGCACACCUUUGCCAAGUACCUCUUUUCAGCUCUGCUGCCACAUGAUGCAGAUCUGGCUUAUAAGGUGGCUCUCCGUGCCAUGAGGCUGCCGGUGCUGGAGUCGUCAGCGGGCUCCGGAGAUGUCGGCCAUCCUCAUCACGGCAUCUCUAUAGUUCCCAGCAGAUACCCGCGCUGGUUCACUCUGGGACACCUGGAGUCACAGCAGUGUGAGCUGGCCUCAACCAUGCUCACUGCUGCUAAAGGGGACAUGUUGAGAUUGCGGACGGUGCUGGAGGCCAUCCAGAAAAACAUUCACUCCUCUUCCUUAAUCUUUAAACUGGCCCAGGAUGCCUUUAAGAUAGCUACACCUGCAGAUAGCCCACCUGAUAUAACCCUGCUUAAUGUGGCACUAGAGUUGGGACUGCAGGUAAUGAGGAUGACACUGUCCACUCUAAACUGGAGGAGGAGAGAAAUGGUUCGCUGGCUGGUAACCUGCGCCACUGAAGUCGGUCUGCGGGCAUUAGUCAGCAUCCUGCAGAGCUGGUACACUCUCUUCACACCGACUGAGGCCACCAGCAUUGUGGCAGCUACGGUCAUGUCCCACAACACCAUCCUGCGGCUCAGCCUCGACUACCCCCAGCGAGAGGAGCUGGCCAGCUGUGCAAGAACCCUGGCUCUUCAGUGCGCCAUGAAGGACCCACAGAACUGCGCCCUGUCAGCUCUGACACUCUGCGAGAAGGACCACAUUGCCUUUGAGACGGCCUAUCAGAUUGUGAUUGACGCAGCGUCAACGGGUAUGACCUACUCGCAGCUGUUCACUAUCGCGAGGUAUAUGGAGCAUAGGGGAUAUCCUCUGCGGUCGUUCAAGUUGGCAUCUCUUGCCAUGACACACCUUAACCUGGCCUACAACCAGGACACACACCCUGCUAUUAAUGACGUCCUCUGGGCCUGCGCACUCAGCCACUCCCUUGGCAAAAAUGAGCUUGCGGCCAUUAUUCCUUUGGUGGUAAAAAGCGUCCACUGUGCCACGGUGCUUUCCGACAUUUUGCGGCGGUGCACCAUGACAGCACCCGGUCUCGCUGGCAUUCCUGGGAGAAGGAACUCUGGGAAGCUGAUGUCAACGGACAAGGCGCCUCUGCGCCAGCUCCUGGACGCCACAAUAUCGGCGUAUAUUAACACCACACACUCUCGACUCACACACAUAAGUCCGCGGCACUAUGGAGAGUUCAUAGAGUUCCUGAGCAAAGCACGGGAAACUUUCCUGUUGGCGCAGGACGGCCACAUCCAGUUCGCCCAGUUCAUAGACAACCUGAAACAGAUCUACAAGGGCAAGAAGAAACUGAUGAUGUUGGUCAGGGAGCGCUUCGGCUGACCUUCCCCUUCUCUCGCAGAGACCCUCUUCUUGGGAAGCAGUUAAACUUAUUUGUUUCUAUUUAAGGCUUUUUGAAUUCUUUGUAUUUUUACUUCUUAUGUUGAGCCAUUUGUUGACUAAGUCUUAACGUUUUGUUCUGUUUUGUUUCUUGAAUGUGAACCAAGAAGUGUUCGCAGUACAUUGCUCUUCUUCACUGUCACUGCAAACAGGGGACAUGACUUGAAAUCUCAAAGAAAGCAACAAGAAAAACAGCAUCUACCCCUCCCACUAAUGGUAAAUUAAGUAAGAUAAAUCAAAAGAAUGUGAUGACGAAAGCAAAAGAAAUGUUUGUUUUAUGGCGGUUUAUGUUGAUAUGAAAACCAAAUGAUCUUGGUGGAUGGGGUGUGUACUUCAAGCCAGAAGAUGCUUUCAGCUGUGGUAAAGAAGAAGAAGUGGAUGAAAUGUCAACAAAAGAAAAACAUGAUGGUCGAAAGCACAUGCAGUGUUACUGUCAUACCUCGACUAUGUUACUUGUCAGCUUUAACUUCUCUUUUAGAAAUGGCCUCUUGUUUCUUUCAGGGCUUUGUAGAGGAGAGAGGACAUAAAACAGAAGUUGCAUGUGGUCUCUCUGUAGAACAAGUCAGUAGCUACAUAUUUUAAAAACCUUUGCCUUCUGGUUUUGGAGAAAUAUCUUAAAAGGGCGACCCAUAAAUCUUCACAGUGUUCAUGUUACAUCCAAAAGCCUGAGAGUGACAUUAUUCAAGCUACUUUGGCUAAGAGUUGAGGCUCCAUGUGCACAUCAGUAUAUUUGUGUAAACAGAACAUCUCUUACAUCCUUCUGCAAGCUUAAUAUUAACAGAAAGAAAAUCAAAGCGUAUCGGAUAGUAGGGUAAUCUCGUUCUUGUGUCUCAAAAUACCAGUGUACAGCUGCUAAUAUAUUUGUGGCCAAACCUUUACAAUGUUUAAAAAUUCUGCUUCAUUUACUAGAACAAUAUUUAGGCAACAGGCAUUAAAAUACAAAACUAUGCUUGACUUGUAUCGCUUCCUGCUCGGGAGCUUUGUAGCAGUUUAGACCUUGUUGUAACUGCUGGUUGUCCAUUCUGCUUGUCACUUCUGUCCCUUUUACAUCAGAAGAACAUUUACCAGAUUUUCUUUCCUCAAUGAAAACAUCACUUUAUGGUAUUUAAAGUUUUUGAAGUCAAACAUGUCUAAUUUUUAUAAAACCUAGCCAGCAUAAGUGACAAAGAUACUAAAUCUGUUAUGUUGGCACAGAGAAUGCAGAGGGAUUUAUCCAGCUUCAAAUAGCCUAUUAAAAAAAUCAUUACAUGCUUUUAUAGUAAAACUAGGCAUGCAUAACCCUUGCAGCAUAGAGAGUCUGUAUUUUUACAUUAAUAAUCUCAAGAAAUAAUGUAAAUUUCAAGUAUUGCUAAAUGUAACCCUUUAGCGCAUGUUAGCUAACACAACAGAGCCAACAACAGAGAGUUUAACCUCUUUUAUAUUUUACUGUGGAGUUAAAGACAAAAUAAUAAAACCGGUCAGCAUGUAAAAAAGAAACAGAGCAACAGCAAAAAUCUCUAAAUGAAAGGUUAUACUUGAUGAGUAAACUAGCACCUUUUUUUGCUAAAACUAACAUACGUUAGCUAGAAAAAACUUAGCACCAUCUUGUUUGUUGAAACCUUUUGAUUAAAUCUGCUUGUUCGCAGCCACAACAUGAGGCAAUUUACUGCAAGAAAACAAAGUAAAUCAACUGUGUGUCUGACACCAAAAGAGAAAACAUUAUUUAGUAAAUAAUUUUGUUGUUUUAGAGGAGUCAUUAAUAAUUAAAAUAAGAAUAAUGCAAAUAUAAAAAUUUACAUCCAUUUGCUAGAUGACUCCAAGGGAAAAUGGGUAAAAAAAAAAAUCACUAUUAGCAAUGCUGUGCUAAAUUAGUAUAAGUAUCUUUUAUAUAAGCAAAUUAGCAUAAGUUUGCUAUUACAUUAGCUAAGGCUUUUUAAUGCUGUCUUUUCUGCUUGACCAGCAAAAUAUAUAAUUUGGUCUUAGCUUUAGUAAUGUUCUGAAUAAUUUAACAAAAGAUUUAAACAUUUAAAAGGUUCGAAACUUCACUGUAUGCAUAUAGAAAAUGCUAUGUUAUUUACCCUUAUCCUCAUGAUAGCUAAAGCUAAAUGAGUGAGAAUUUUAGUUUGUUGGUCUUCUGGUGAAAAAGGGUGUGGAGUUGCAUGUGGAUGAUUCUGGUUAUCAUUAUGGACUGUGAAGAUGAGUGGCUUUGUCUUUCUCAAAGGUUUGCAUAUACACAGUGCACAUACAACAGAAACUGUAUAUUUUAUGACUUGAUGACUUCAUUCUUAGUAUUUGAGACCACAUGCCUUGGUCAUUUUCUCUUUUCUGGGGACAUCUACGGUCCCUCAUCUUACCCAGUGGCAAAGUGUCAACGUUAAUGGCAGUAUAUUAAGUACAAGAGCUUGAAUCUUUACUGAUCAGACUAAAUGUCAUUGUACAAGCACUUCACACAAAUACCUCUUCAGUACGUUUCUGCCUGCUUCAGCAUUUAUUUAUAUUUUUUUUUUUUUCUUAACUUAGUAUGACUGAGUAGGAAUGGCAGAUAUAAGUAGAACCAGACUAUAUUUUAAAGGAAGAGGUAAAAAUCAGAAGUUUUUUUGUUUUGUUUUUUUUGUUGUUUUUUUUUGAGCAGAGGAACGUUGUCUUAUCUGCUUUUACAUUCCAUGAGAGCUACCUUUACUCAUUACCUGGGUAGUCAGUCAUGACUCUGGGCCUUUUUUUAUCUGAAGAAAUGCAGAUAAACAAAUGGGAAAGGAAAACUGAGCAAAAGAGAGAAAAGAGGCUAAACUCAGUUCUCAGGGACAUCACUUAAAGAAACAAAACAAAAAGUAGUAGCAUUAAGCAUUUAAAAUAUUGUAAAUAUUAAAGUGUCAAUUCAGAAAAUUGUAAAAUUAUAAUUAUUUAUGAUAAGUAUGUUAUGUGUUUGUUUUUCUUUGUGUUCUGGCAGGGUGUACUUGAAUUGUUUUGGAUGGGGAAAUUUGACAGCAUUUUUUUUUUUCUUGUAAGAGCAAAGACUUCAAGGCAUUUCUCAGGUGCUCCUGUGUACAUUUCUUUUAUUAAGUUUUUUGCUAAAUUUUCCUUUUUUUUUUGUCUCUUUUUUUUUAAUUUGCAAAGAAAAAAAAAAACUGUUUUCCUAAAGAAAGCAUGUAUUAUUCAGAGUUGAGGAAAAUGAGGGAGCCAGUCAUUUAUAAACCGAUUUGUACUAAAACCUGACUAUGCAGAACCACUUUGAUGGUGUUGUCACGUCUGAAAAACAUAAAAGGCGUGGAGGACAGGACGCAGUGGGCGGAACCACUUUUGAAAUGAGGAAGGAGGGGCAGACAUGGACAAAAUCCAACAUGCUUGCAUUUGGACAACGCGCAGUCACCAGGCUGCAUCUGCUGCAACUUCUAAGGAGACGAUAAAUGAAACAAUGGUGGAAAAUGCCUUUCUGACCGAUCAAUGUACAAAGUUUAUUUUUGCUUUAUUCUAUGUCAUCGUUUUGUUUUUGUUUUUUGUUUUUUUUUAAAUCAAGACUCAAGCCUUUAGUGUCUUCUCAAAGGUGUUGUGAUAUGCAGUCACACCACAUUAAGAUGAAAUAUACAAAUGUGUUAGAAAAAGCAAGUGUGUGAACAAAAGAGAUGACCUGUUCAUUCCUUCUAACUUUUUAAAUUGCUUUCUCACCUCAGAGUUAAAUUUUUUGUCAUUUAAUAGAUUUCUUUCCCCAUCUGAUGUCGCGUAUUGCCUCGGUUUCUUUACACUGGGGCAUUUCUGGAUUAGAAGCAAUGCAUCAUUGUUCGUGUUGGUGCAGCCGCUUCUUCCGUAGUCUUAAAGCACAGUGACUAAGUGCACUGCAGCUGCCUUGUAUCCACACAGUGAAGUUGUGCAAAAAAGAUGCAAGGUUUCUACAUCAUAAGAAUAAUAAAGAGGUAAAAAGAUUAUGAAAUAGAAACAUCCUUUUACGACUUGCUUAACUCAGAAACUACAGUCGACUGUUUUAAGCGUCACAACAAAAAAUCUCUUCUCUUUGUUAACCGAAUCAACCAAUUCCUGAGGUUUUCUUAGUUUUCCCUGUCUUUCUUUUGUUUGUAGGAGAGUACUAUUUGCUAAUAGACGUAGUUUACCUACUGUUUCCCUGUUUGUUUUUGUUUUGGAUUUCUUUCUUAACUUAAGGGAAAUUUGAAAGUGUUUGUUGCCUCUUUGUGCUACUGAUUAUGAAAAGGUAUUUCCAGUAUUUGUUGCCACAGAAGUAUCAUAGCUUAUCAUCAACACUUUUUUGUAAUUUUUUGUGCAACUUCUUGAGCUACUGUCUAUAAAGCAAGAAUUUAUUACUAUUUAUGUAACGCUACUACCAUUUUAUAUUGAUUUGUGUUGGAAUCUCAGUGCUUUUCUAUGAAUAAAGUGUGAAACACAUUA